GACCAUCCCGCUCCGCACCAUCAGCCUCUCUCUGUUAACGUUUCGGUCUGUCUACACAUGAAAACGUGCUUCAAGCUCCCUUUUCGGUGACUGAUGAUUGCAAAUGAAUGAAAUUUGUAUAAUUGACUUAUUAUAACAAAGCAUCUUCUUAGUUGCCUACAGCUUUAUUUCAUGAACAUACUAAAAUUAAUACUUGAAAAACUAAUUACAUAAAAUUUAGUUGUACUGUCAUAUUCAGUUAGAAGAUACAAUGCCUUUAGCUAAAGAUUUGCUUCAUCCAACUGCAGUUGAAGAACGUAGAAAACAUAAAUUAAAGCGUCUUGUUCAACACCCAAAUUCUUUUUUUAUGGAUGUCAAAUGUCCAGGAUGUUAUAAAAUUACUACUGUUUUUAGUCAUGCUCAAAGUGUAGUUAUAUGUACUGGAUGUUCUACAAUUCUAUGCCAACCAACCGGAGGACGAGCAAGAUUAACUGAAGGUUGUUCAUUCAGGAAGAAAGCUUAUUAAUACCAAGCUCCCGUAUUUUAAUGUACAAUAUAAAUAUGCGUUACAUAAUAAAAUCUUAAAAAAAAGAAUUCCAUUUUUAAA